GGGCCGGCCGCCUGCACCCUUAAAGGCAGACUCCAGCGCAGCUGGGCCAGAACUGUUUGUUUCGGCAAGGUGGGAGUCUCCUUCUCUGAGUGCACCUGCGCAGCUGAGUGCAGCAGGUUUUUGAAACAUGAAUCCUUCACUCUUCUUGGCUGCCUUUUUCUUGGGGAUAGCCUCUGCUAUCCCUAAAUUUGACCAGAAUUUAGAUGCACAGUGGUACCAGUGGAAGGCUAAGUACAGGAGACUAUAUGGCAUGGAUGAAGAAGGAUGGAGGAGGGCAGUGUGGGAGAAGAAUAUGAAAAUGAUUGAAUUGCACAAUGGGGAAUACAGUCAAGGGAAAUACGGCUUUACUAUGGCAAUGAAUGCCUUUGGUGACAUGACUAAUGAAGAAUUCAGGCAAGUGAUGAAUGGCUUUCAAAACAGGAAGCACAAGAAGGGGAAAAUGUUCCAAGAACUUCUGUUUUUUGAGCCUCCCAAAUCUGUAGAUUGGAGAAAGAAAGGCUACGUGACUCCUGUGAAGAAUCAGGGUCAGUGUGGUUCUUGUUGGGCUUUUAGUUCAACUGGUGCUCUUGAAGGACAGAUGUUCCGGAAAACUGGUAAACUUAUCUCACUGAGUGAGCAGAACCUGGUAGACUGCUCUCAGCGUCAAGGCAAUCAUGGGUGCAACGGUGGCUUGAUGGACUUUGCCUUUAACUAUGUUAAGGAGAAUGGAGGCCUGGACUCUGAAAUAUCUUAUCCAUAUGUGGCAAGGGAUGAAAGCUGUAAAUACAAGCCUGAGUAUUCUGUUGCUAAUGACACUGGUUUUGUAAACAUCCCUAUUCGAGAGAAGGCGCUGAUGAAGGCAGUGGCUACUGUAGGGCCCAUCUCUGUUGCCAUGGAUGCAGGCCAUAUGUCCCUCCAGUUCUAUAAAUCAGGUAUUUAUUAUGAACCAAACUGUAGCAGCAAAGACCUAGAUCAUGGUGUCCUGUUGGUUGGCUAUGGCUUUGAAGGAGCAGAUUCAGAUAACAACAAAUACUGGCUCAUCAAGAACAGUUGGGGUCCAGAGUGGGGCUUGAACGGCUACCUAAAAAUAGCUAAAGACAGAAACAACCACUGUGGAAUUGCCACAGCAGCCAGCUAUCCCACUGUGUGAGUUGCAGCCAGCAUCUGAUGGCCCAUGAGGAGGAAGGACUUAAGGAUACCAUGUCUGUGGAAUUUUACCAUAGAACUGGCUGAACCCUUAUUGUAUAAUAUAAAACACUUGAAUCAUUGAAGAUCCAAGUUGUGAUUUGAAUUCUGUGACAUUUUUACAAGGGUAAAAUGUUAUCACUACUUUAAUUACUAUUAUUAACAGCUUUAUGAUAUCAAAGGCUCAUUGCUUAAUUCAAAGACUUUUGAAUUUUCACUUUUUAAAAAGUUGUAUAAAACUUUACCUUUUAAAAUAAAUUUUAAUUC